AAUAAAUUCGAAUAGCAACAGUAGUAAUUUAAAUAAUUUAAAUAAUUCAAAUAACGAAACAAACGCUGUAUCUUUUGUCAGCAACAAUGAUGACCUACUACAGAAUGACCCGGAGUUUACAAUACAAAGAACGAAUACUGACCAUGACAUAAGAGACAAUUUUGACACGUGCUCGUGCAUUAAACAUGCUAAUACUCCAGACAAACCAAAAAGUAGUCCCAGCAAUGAUACCAAACACUGCCUAGUUACCAGUUGCAGUAGAUCGAAUAGCAGUAAGAGUAUAAUAAGUAUGAAUAGUAGUAGUAAUAGUAGUGUGAAUGAUUUUAAAAAAAUACCCUCAGACUUACAUUCCGAUGAGGAUAAUACGAAAAUACUCAAUUCAUCUCAGUCAGAUAGAGAAAAUAUAGACAAUAACGAUUCAGGAGUUGGUAGUAGUAAAAUAUUAACAGCAAAAACUGCAACUUCGACUAUGUUUAGUGCCGUUGUAUUUCCAAUGUCAGAGGAGAGUCUUUUGUGUAAACUUUCAUCAAACAACCCCUUCUAUCGAUUUCAUAAACAAUCCCAUUCUUUUAAAAUGAUACACUGCAAUAGAGAGCCUAAAAUAGAUUUCCCCAUUAAAAUAGUUAGGAAAGCUAUGUCUGAUUCAAAUAUUCCUAAGGAUGUUGUCGAUGAAGAUUUUUCAUUAGAAAUUAAUGAUCAACAAGAAGUUAGAAAUAAUAAUUUAGAAAACGAUAGUAUGGUCAUAACAAACCCAUUUUCUUCAGGACUCUUAGAUAAUCGAAAAACCAAACAUCCCCCACAGACACAAACAAUUUUGGUGAAACCUAUUAAAAGUCACAGAUCGGAAAGGUCUUUUCGUCGUUUUUUCGACACGGCUACAUUGCGAGCCAAAAGUCAACGAUCAUCAACAAAUGAUAAUGGAAAUGACCUUUUUAUUUGCAAAAGUCCGCUUAGACUUCCGGACUUUCCAGAAAGUUCUUACAAAGAAGAAUCAAAAAGCAGAUCGGUGUUUAAAAAUAUUGUAUUGAGAAAAGCGCACAAACAAAAUGACUGUCUACAUCCAAACCCGCCUCAGUUAAGAAAGCUAAAAAUCUCUUUUCCUGAUCGAACUCAGAGCAUACAAAGCAUUCGAGCUGAAAUAAAGCCUUCAUCUUCUUCCUAUUUUGGAAAGCUGCACUUAAAAACGAGAUUAGGUAUAAGGCGUAUUAAAGAGAAGUGCCGAACCUUCAAACAUAGUUCUGCUGAUGAUAGUAAUCGCCGAACCUUCAAACAUAGUUCUGCUGAUGAUAGUAAUCCUGAUACGAAAGAUGAUAGUUUUAAAUUUAUAAGCGACCGCACCAAAAUCACUCAUUAUGAAACAAAGUGCACCAGACAGCCGGUUUAUAAGAGUUACAAGUCUGAAUUGGAUUUAACAAAAAAUCUUCACUAUUUGGAUGCUUACUUGCAGCAAAAUUAUGAUAAAAAUUUGAGUGGAUACAAAAAGACCUCGCAUUCCGUUGGAAAAUUUAGAGGUUCUACAAUGUUGCGACAUAAACACCAAGUUAAGGACAAAAUCCACAAACGCAGUUUAUCCUGUGGGAAAGUUGUUACAAUACCUCGGGUAUGUAACUUUGAAACCAUUGGGGCCCUGCCAUUUGCAACAAAGUCUGCUGAAGAACAUUCCGAUUCAGUGAGUAGCAGUGACUAUGCAUCAGUUUUUAGUGAACCAGCAGAUUCAAAUAUGUCGGAGCACAUUGAACCAUCGGUUCGGUAUGAACAUCCAAGCAUUUCUGAGUUCUUCUACGACAAGUUAUUACCAUAUACAUCUGAUAAAAAUCAGUUAUUCUUAGAGUCAGAAAGAUUUCACUUACCCAAUGAAAAAAAAGUUGAAGAAAACGAGCGAACGCUUCAAAUUAUGUUGGAUACUUUAGAGUUCCCGUAUGAUCUUAUUGUCGACACAACAAGCUUGUAUCAACAUCAAAAUGAUGACCGAAAUGUUUUGAUAUGCGAUAACUCGUACCAAGACAGCAAAAGAGGGUUUUAUAAUAGUGAUCUAAGAUCUGGAAGGCAUGAGAACUACCUCGAACACUACAACCGAAACAAAAAGAAAACUAUUCAGACUGCACCUGAAGAUAACCGUUCAGCGCGAACGAGAAGAAAUCUUGGGGGAAUUGAGUAUUCAAUGUCAAAACUCAAAACUUCUGAUGUGAUUAAUAUUCCAGAUCACAAUAGGCAAUCAGAUUUGCUUACAUCUUCGGACGACUACGGUGAUAGCAUACAAUUACUGUCGAAAUCCCAUCCAGCAAUGCCUUACUCCCCUACAUCAUCUGAUUCGAUGUCAACAUUAACUCUAUCAACAUCCCUACAGUCACAAAAACAGAUGCACUCGCAUCAUCGUAAUUUCCGCCAGAAAAAAAUACGCAUGCAGCCACAUUUCUUAACCACAGCGGCAGGUGAAAAUGCAUCUACCAUUACUCAACACUCGACAGUAACAGCGAGUCGAAACACAAAUACUGUUCCCAUCCGUUAUUCCUCUCAGAAUCCUAUAAACGACAUGAAACCCAACCUUUCCAACGACGAGGAUGAUAAUGCUUCGCCAAUUCAAAUUGCCAGUGGCUUUGGACCAACCGUGGCUUUGACACCACAAGGUAUGCCAUCAAAAUCAUUCUCAUCGACAUCAGCAUCUUCAUCGACAAUUUCAUCUUCAGUAGGGGGCUGUGGCGGAAGCAAUGCGGUUGCGGCUACAUUUAAAUACCCUGCUUCGUUGGCAUCCAUAUCAAGAGAAAAUAUUUGCAAAUUCUACCAACAACAACAAAAACCGCCGACAUCAUCUCUCAACUCAUCGUCCUCGACAAACUCGUCAUCGGUGCCACAGCAGCAUCAACAAAAUAUACUCGCACUCAAAUACCACCACCAGGAGUUUUACCAAUCUAAAAAUCAACUAGCCCCUACUGGCGUUGAUAAGUUUCGUCAUCAACAAAGUGGGCAACCUCAAGCGACGGUGACGAAUCGUUUUCGUCGCAGUUCAACCAUAUCAAACACAUCAUCGGAUAAUUUUGACAGUUUUAUUACUCAACGCUAUGGUGGAGCUUCUGCUGGCAUAAGCAAUAAUGAUGGUGGUUCCAAUGAUAAAAGUAUGAAGAGAUCAUCACAUCGAAUUUCAUCGAUUCAUCGGAACGGUUAUGAUGGUGGUAGUAAUUCAAAUAAAGCAAAUACAGUUGUUAAGGGAAAUUACUUCGUUGGCAUUGAUUUAAUAAACAAUAUUGACAAUGUGCAUAGAGGGAAACACAUUACUUCAAUACAGAGGGCAUACAACUGUAAGACAUCAGAAAAUUACAUUUUGGAAUAUGAAUGUUAACAGUAGUGGUGGGAAGUGCUUGCUGCGAAAUCUUUAAAAUGUAAUAAUAUUUUUAUUUUUUAUAUAAUAUUUAAUAUUUACUAAUUUUUGUAAAUAUAUUAGGUAUAAAACCAAUUUUUUGAAUUGCUUUAAGCUUUGUAUGUAAUUUAAAAUAAAAACUUCCAUAUGAAGGUAUUAUUUUGCUCAUUUAAAUUAUUUAUUCCUAGUUUCCUGUACAUAAAGCUAUGUGUGUUUACGCUGCACUGUAAUAUAUAUUAAUUAAUAUAUUAUAUCUUUGAAGAUAAUUUUGUUACUAUAGAUAAGUAUAAGUACGUAUCAAUGAAGAAAAAAAGAAUGGGUAAAGGUCACUUUAACUUUAAAAUUGAAUUAUAGAUAGGUAAAUAUCUUUCUUUUUCCCAAACCUUUCUCAAUAUAAUUCAUAAUUAGUUUUAUUUUUCUCAUGCAAUAAAACUAACUGGCAAUUGACAUAGUAAUUAUUUUUAAAAAUUUUGUACACUUAGAACUUUUAGAAAUAUGUAUAAUAGAAAUAAUUACAAUAUUGUACUUUGAACACAGCUUUUAACAAGUCUUCCAAAUAAUUGUUUUAAUAACUUUCCCGCUUCAAAGUUAUAUGUAUCUGAAAAGUCUAUAUUUUCGACAUUAAUUAAUUGAAUAACUUCUUAUGCAUACAUGGGAUUUUGGGGACAUUUUACUUAAAUCGAUGUUUCAAGUUUCAAUGCUAUGUACCUAUAUUUUCAGCUCUAUGCGAAUUAUUUCUGUGUUUGCACUUUUUUGUGUUUAUUUUGUCUGGACUAGGUACAAAAAAUGGGUUGUUCAUAAAUAUUUUUGAGCAACAGUAGUAAAGCACAUAUAAGUGUAACCCAUUUUUGUUGUUUUUGCAAGAGUUAUACUUGUAGUUUUUAAAGGAAAACAUCAUCUGUAAUAUGAAACUUAUUUAAUUGAUUCAAUCUUUAAUCGAAUCUUUCAACAUUCUUUAAUUUCCGAAAUGUUAAAUUUAGAUACUUUAAAAAGCACAAGUUUCAUCCUUAUAGUAAGGUAAAAUAAACCCUACAUUUUGAUAAUUAUAUCUUUCUGUUCCUUCCGAGUAACCUUACGCUUUCCAAUUCAACCUCAUUACUCCAAUGUUAGAUUUACCUUACUUCUACUUAUAAUUGUCCGGCCGGGCCAACUCAAAAGAGCGCCCUGUGAAAACUUUUGUUCGUUUAUAAAUAGUGCAACUUUUUAUUACUAUGCCAAUUCGAAAAUAAAAAAACAAAAAUAAAACCGUUCCACCCUGAUAAUUAUCUACAAAAUGAGCUCAAAAUCGUUAUUGUAACCAUAACAUUGUAAAAGUAAUCUAACUCCGAAACACGGAAUUGGUUUGCAUAUCAUUUUUUAGAUAGGGUCAAUGUGGGUAAAUGUAAACAGGGGUAAAUGAAAACAUGGCUCAUAACAAGUCUAAAGUCUUACCUCUGUCAUUUUUUGUUAAAAUAAAUAACAAUAAUUGAGCUAUUCAAUAAAAACGAUACCAAUCUCUUUUCCAAGAUGGCGGCUGCUCCGGAUGCUGCGGAUCUGGAUUUUUUCACAUCCGCGGAUGCAGAUGCGGAUGCGGAUUUUUGAAAGCUAACAUCUGCAGAUACGGAUGCGGAUGUUUAAGAUCUUGUAUAAAAAAUUAAUAUAAAUUAACUAAAAUAAUGAUACAGUUAUAAAUAAUAUUUUUAUUAUUUGUAUUCAAUGAGAGAAAUUAAAAAGAGGUUCAUUAGACUUAAUAAAAAGUAAUACCGCCGCCUUCUCUGCAUCAAGUUGGUUACACAGAGGUUGGUACAUUAAGCCCGCGCUACUAAAUAAUUGUUCCCUCAUUUGUUAAAUUCGAAAAUUAGGUAAUUCGAAUUCCAAAUUUCCUAUUUAAUUUGAAAUAAAAUAAUUUGCGAAAUUAUCUCAUUUGGGCUUUAGUGAAAAGUUACUAUAAAUUUAAGACUUGCAUUUUUUCUGUGUUUUGCCUAAAAAAAUCAUUCACAGACUACGGCUCCUACGAAUUUCUCUCUUGUCGUAACUUUCUUGCAUCCGCAUUAAUUAUUGCGGAUGCGGAUGUCCCAAUUCAUGCGGAAGUUCCGCAUUUGCAGGUGCGGAUGCGAAUAAUCGCAACUUUAUGAUAAGGACAACCCCCGAACACAUUCCAUGAAAAAAAAAUUUUCCCGCGAAAAGUGCGAUUUCAUGCCCAUAUUUUGACUUAUUUCCCUGAGCUAUGACUGUAUUUGUUUUUAAAACUUUGUGAAAAUCGAAAACUUCGUCAUGUUCAACUUUUUGACUCGACUCCUAGGGGAGUGCUUACUUUUUUGUACUUUAUGACUUUGUGUUUUGAUGUACUUAGAUCAGGCUUAAGGUACAUAUCUCUCAUAUGCCUAAAAACAAAAAUCUCCAAAAUACAAUCAAAUUCUAAAAGUGGUUCUACACCAAAAGGCGAAAUAGAUAUUUUACUACGAAACAUUUAAAAUAAAAUAUACCUAUGUCAAGUAAUUGCUUCAAUUUUAAAAAUAUCGCACAGUAUUUCCUUCCUUCCCUUUUUUUAUAGGUAUUUUAGCUAUACGUAAUAUCAAACAUAUUGUACUUAAACUUUUUAAAGCUCAUUUAAAAGAUUUUGAAUUGUUAACUUUGCAAACUUGUUCUGUAAUUAUCGCAUUGGCUACACACAAAAUACCGAUUUGGCAGUUAUAACAAACAAACUUUUUUUUACACAAAGAACCAGAAAAUACUUUUUUAAAGCUUCUAGGGUCCUAAUCUCGAAUCCGAAAUCAGAAAUAUUCUAAUAGCCUCCAGUUUUAAAAUAAUAUUAUUUUGAAACGCAAAAAAAACAUUAUUUGACUGUUUUUAUGAGGUGCAGGGAACUAUGUCCAUGCACGGAGAAAAUAAGGACACCUUGAAAUAAGAUGACGCGCACAUAAAACUUCACCACCUUAAAAUAAGGUGAUAUCCGCUUAAAAUAAGGUGAUAGGAGAUUCAACUCAAACUUAGUUAAAUUUAAUGUGAACUUUAUCUUAUUUUAGUGUGAAUUUUCAUCUUAAAAAACCGACAAAAAAUUAAAAUUUUCAAAUUAUAGUCAAACUUUAGCUUAAGUUGAAGUUUAUCAUAUUCAUUUCCAACAGUGAGAUAAUACGAUGGUAAGGCACUCGCUUACCUGUACCAACAGUUGUAGGUUCGACCCCCAGUGGGUGCGAGUUCUUUUUUUUUAUUUAAAUGUUUCCACAUAAAAAAAAGAUGAUCUCCCGCUUAAAUUAAGUGGGAGAUCAUCUUAUUUGCUCAUUCAAGAAAUAAAUGUUAUUUGUCACCUUAAUUUAAGGUGGAAGUCAUCUUAGCAAAAAACCAUGCGGAAAUCCGCUUAAUCCAAGGUGGGAUCCCCUUAAUUUAUGUGGUCUUUUUUCUCCGUGCGGCUAAGUCCACUGAGGGAGUUAAUUCCCCCUCAGCGGGGACGAAAUUCACUUGAGUAAAGUGGAGUUAGUUUCUAUGAUAUGUGGCGAAAAAAAUGUUUGGUUUUCGAUCCCUCUAAAUGUUUACUUAAAUCCUACUUUCACCAAGAAGAAGUUAAAUAUGACGAAAAAGAAUCGCGUGGUUUUUAAUUUGACUUUUUAUAGAAUUUUAAAAUGCAGCAGUUUAUUUCAAAACAGUUUUCAAGAAAUGAAAAUGGUGUAACGCAUACGGAACUUACCUCCUUGGGUGUUAGUUCAUUUUAAUUGGGAAUUAAGAUCCACUGGACAAGGUUCAGUUUAGUUAAGAAACUGUUUUAGUUUUCGCCUGCCUUGCGACGUUGUACAUAUAUCUACUGCGGAACAACGAAGUUGCUUCUGCGGGACUGAGGACCCGAAAUGGGAUUUGAAAUUCUGAGAACCCACGAAGCGGGCAAGGCAAAGCACUUAUUAGUUAAAAAGAUUGUAGACAUUGGCGACUUUAUAUAUCGUAAGUACCUAGACGGCUAACGCAACUUCGUUGCUCCGCUUAGAGUAUGUCGAGCCCUUCCCUUCCCGCCAAAUUAUCGUAAGCGAUGUUUUUUUUACAGAAAAAUCUUUAUUUUCUUUUGUUUUUAGACUAAUU